AUGGAAUGUCCCCGCACCGCAUUUACAUUCGACUAUCUGAACACAUUUCAUCUUUUAACACUGCAAGGGAAGCUCAAUUUGUAUGACUACUACAAAGCUAUACUGCGAAAGAUGGACAAUACGGGGCUUGAAAAACAAGUGUAUCGCUGGAAUGAAGUGUCUAUGGUCGUGCGCCAGUGGCGCCAUCUGAAGAGCAUCAAGAGAGCUGGACGCGGUCAUGACCCGGCAGGUAUUGCAGUGACGAAACCGGUCGGCUGGGAGAGUCUUCUCGACUCCGAGCGUUGGCUCUACUGGCAAAUCUCAACAUGCGAGUCGGAGCUCAACGCUGUCAAGCAGGCCUAUAGCAAGGGCACGUAUGACGGCCUCAGCAUCACUGGUGUCGUGGGUGUCAAAUGUGCUCGCCAUUGCUUCGUGCUUCCUAACGGCAUCGGCGAUUUGCAAAAAGGGGAACAGUACUGUAAUGUCAAUUACGUCGCACUUUCAGCAUUGAAGGCGGGCUGCGUGACCGAAGACGGAAGGGCGCUGGCCAACAUCGGAUUUUUGCAUGACAUCGCAUGCAACUGGUACAAGAAUUUCUACAAGAGACUUGAAGACAUGCCUGAGGACAUGCAAAUCCUCGAUGACGUGCCAACAUGCACGAUGAUACCCAAGGCCCACAUUGAAGGUCAUGGCCCUAAGUGUCGUACAACAUGGUCCUUUAAUUUCCUUCGAAGAGUUGGACGCACCCAUGGUGAAACUGUCGAGCAAGAGUGGGUGCACAUUGGGCAAGUCAGCAUCAGCACUCGCGAGAUGGGCCCUGCAGCCUGUCAUUCUGUCUUGGAUGACCACUGGUCAGCGUGGAACUGGUGCAAGCUCGUCGAUCUCGAGUCGCACCUCGUUAAGCAUCUCGCGGAAGCUCUCCUGAUGAUGGCGAAGCAGAAGGCGAUCGCUGAGAAGUUCACGAGCACAUUCUCCCCAGCCACUAUCGAGAAAUGGCAUCAAAUGGUUGCUGAGUGGGAUCAGGACAAAACAAAGCCUGAUCCCUAUGUGGAGCCGUCGGCCUCCAUGAUGAUGGCAAUGAUACGGCUCGAGCUUGCUGAGGAAGAAGCCAUCGAGGCAAUGCGCGGUGAGCCGCAGCUCCAUGAGAAGCUCACUGCGAGCACGUUCCUGCGACUUGGGUUGGAGCUGGAAGAACGACAGUGGGCCCUCUGUAUAAAGGGCGAGGGUGUCCUUCGCAAUCCCCUCAAGAAAGCUACACUCCAGGAGAAGCAAAACCCCGCGAUAGCUGCCAUACAUGGCAUCGACUCCCUCGCUGACACCGCCGAUGCGCAAAUUGUUCACGCUGAAAUGCUCAGGCUAUACCUACCCUCAGAGCUGAUGCAGGCUCAGUGCGAUGUGGGCUGUCAUGGCAUCAUCGUUGACAAGGAGCACCGCUUCCAUAUGGCUCAGGUCGAGGAUGCUCUGGAAGACAUUCACCAUCUGCAUCGGAUCUAUGCCGGGCUACUUGCCAAGUACAGGAACGUCGCUGGUACAGGCCAGAAGGCAAAUACGCGAUCGAAGACAAACAUCCGAGCGUUCAACCUCAAGAUCGCCCUCGCCAUCGCCCGAUAUCAUGACGCUCGACGCGCGCUCCUGGUGCUGGACCCAGAUGGCGAAUGGAAGACGAGGUUUCAAGAAUUCAAAGAUGGAGAUAAUCGAGGACCUGCACGGGAGGAGAACGAGAGAAGUGAAGGCCACUAUGAGCCGUCGUGGAUUUGGCUCAUCGCUCGCCGUACAUCUCGGGACCGUACCACAUCAGCCCCGCAAGACUUCGCGUCCACGCAAGAGCCGGCCGAUGUCGCUCAGGACUCUACAUCUAUGGAGGACAGCACUGCGCCAGAGGAUAAUAACGAUCACUUGCAUGUUGAGUGGGCAAAGACUGUCACGCGAGCAGACCGGUGGGAGGAAGAAUGGAAGACUCUCGUUGAUGAGAUGCAUCGGUCACUGGAGUCUCUCACGAAGAAAGCCAUGUGGUGGAUGGCUCAAGGUCCCCGAUGCGAGGGUCGAACUGAUAUUGUGGCCGGGUGUUGCGCAUAUGCGGCGAAGCAAGCGUCCAUCCGACUACAGCUGAUUCAGAAGUGGGUGAAACGUUGGCAGCCUGUCCUCACAAGGGCACGCAUCGCCCAUGGCUGGAUCAAUCCAUACCUCCCUGCAUCUCUGAGAACCGCGAACGUUUGCAGUCCCGCUGCCACAAGUGCACCCCCUUCUGACGCUGUCUCACCUGCUGCUAAUGUCUUGCCCAGCUCACCGGAUGCCGAUGCUGAUGCAGUCUUCACAGUGGAGAGUCAGAAUGGCAGCGCGCCGGACGCGGAUGACCCCAGCAGGUACGGUUGCGAUGAUAGCGAGUCUGACUGGGCAGAUGAUGAUGGUCCUGUCGAAGUUGGAGAUGCCCGAGAUGACAAUGGGGGGUUUGACUCCGACUAG